AUGGCUUCAUCAAUGGCAUUAUCACGAAAACAUUACUUAUUUCAGGUCAAUCAAAAUGUACAAGCGUCGAUAAUGUUCUUAUCAAUAAUGGAUGGUGCAGAACUUGAUUUUACUAAUACUCUUCUUUCUUCAUCUUCGAUAACAACAUUAAAUCCAGAUGAUUAUGAAAAAAAUCUUCGAUUAGCUGCUGAACUUGGUCGAUAUUUACUUGAACGUAAUCAAGAAUUACAAAAUUAUAUUCAGGUUUUAGAAAAAGAAAUUGAAGAUAAACAAUGCGAAGUGAAAUUAUUACAUGCUAAAUUUCUGUCAACUCGAGAACAAUUUGAUACUAAAUGUAAACAAACAGAAUUUCUCGAUGCAGCUAAUUUUGACCUCGAAAAAGAACUUGCAUUACAACGUCGAGAAAAUGAAAAAAAUCGACAACGUAUCAAAGAAUUAUUUGAUCUAUAUGAAAAAACACGUAAACAAUAUCAUGAUAUUGAACAUGAAUAUAGUACAUUUCGUGCAAAACAAUUUUCAUUAAAUUUUAUUUCAAAACAAAUAAAUUCUCCAUAUCAAACAUCAAUUUUUUUAACACCAGUAUCACCUAAACGACAACGUUCGAAUUCAUUUUCUUUAUUAUCGAUGCCUAAUUCACCUCCAUUAUUAAAUUCAUCUACAUCAUCGAAUAUAUUUGAUAGUUCAUCUACAUCCGUAUUUAAAUCACAUCUUAGUGAACUUAAAUCACGUAUUAAAUCAUUGACAAUUGAAUGUACUAAAAUAAAUGAUCAACUUCGUCAAUCUGAACAAGAUAAACAUUAUUUAUUAGAUCGUAUAACACAACUCGAACGAAAGCGUCGUGAUGAUAAUGAUUCUUUACAGAAUGAAUUAAAUCAUUAUAGAAAAUUAUUAGAAAAAUAUUCUAAUGAACAUAAUAAAUUAGUCUUAUCAAAUAUUUAUUCACCACCAGAACAUGAUCUAUCAUUAUAUGAUGAAGUUUUAUUAGAAAAAAAUAAUCAAAUGAAAUCUUGUUAUGAACCAACAAAUUAUAAAGAUUUAUUUUCACGUGUCUAUGAAAUAUUAAAAAUGAAUAUUAGUAGUAGUUAA